CGGGCUGGCUCGCACGGGCUGUAACAUAUAAAGGCUGUCAGCAGCUCCUCUGGCCAGAAGCUUCACAAGCAGCACGGUUUUGUUCUUUGGGGGGUUGUAAUAAGAGACACUUCUUCACAAAGGUUCAUAUCAUCACAUAGGAGAGUGCUAUAUAUACUGGGAGAACAAUAGACUCUCUUCUUUUUUUCUUGGUAUUAUCCAGAGAUUUGCUUUCUGCUGCCCUGACUUAAAGCAGAGUACCUCUUUGGCCCCAAAAUGACAGUAAUUGCUGCAAUCAGUUGUUCCCUUUUAUUUUCUGUUCUCUGUGAAACAAGUGCAUUAGUGUUACCCAACUCCACUGACCUGUUCCUGUCAGACAAUAAUUUCACUGACAUCAAGACAGCUUUGGCAGCUCAUCUGGACUCUGCAAAAAUUCCCAAAGCCAGGCGGAAGCGCUACAUUUCUCAGAAUGAUAUGAUUGCCAUUCUUGAUUAUCAUAAUCAAGUCAGAGGCAAAGUCUUCCCACCUGCUUCCAACAUGGAAUAUAUGGUUUGGGAUGAAACUCUUGCCAAAUCUGCUGAGGCCUGGGCUGCUACAUGCAUUUGGGACCAUGGUCCUUCCUAUCUUCUGAGAUUUUUGGGCCAGAACCUGUCUGUAAGAACUGGAAGGUAUCGAUCUAUUCUCCAGCUGGUAAAGCCAUGGUAUGAUGAGGUGAAGGAUUAUGCUUUCCCUUAUCCUCAAGAUUGCAACCCUAGGUGCCCGAUGCGAUGUUAUGGACCCAUGUGCACCCAUUACACACAGAUGGUUUGGGCCACUUCCAAUCGUAUAGGCUGCGCAAUCCACACAUGCCACAAUAUGAACGUCUGGGGAUCUGUUUGGCGGCGAGCUGUUUACUUGGUAUGCAACUAUGCCCCAAAGGGGAAUUGGAUUGGAGAAGCACCAUACAAAGUUGGAGUCCCAUGUUCAGCUUGUCCUCCAAGCUAUGGAGGUUCUUGCAUCGACAAUCUUUGUUUCCCAGGAGUAACAUCAAACUACUUAUACUGGUUUAAAUAAGUUAAGGUUAACAUUAUUUCAAAGAAAACCCACAGAUGAGUAACAAGAAUCUUGUGUAUUGAAUUUUGCACAUAUUAUAUAUAGAGAGAUAUUGUAAUAAUACUCUAAUAUUUUCUUUUUGUAUGCUUUUGUAUAAUUAGCUUUCAAAGUACAGUAUAAUUUGGUUUUAACACUUUGGGAUUUAAGACUCACAUUAUCCCUUUUAGAUUAACAUUUUGUUAAAGGAGAGCAAACCCAUUUUAAUCUUAGCAAGUAUAGCUUCCUGAAGAUUAGAUUAUAUUAAAAGCACAUCAGAAGAUAGAAUAUUACUUCCUUUUAAAAACAAUAGCUCUAGAAAGAGAAGGGUCAUUGUUUAAUACUGUGUUUUAAAAAUGGAGUGUGACAUGCAAAGGAACAAAUUGUCCUCACACUCCCAAUGGUUCCUCCUGUUUACACCUGUGCUUCCACCUGCAAUGUCAGCGGGACACUGAGCAGAGGAAAACAUGUGCAAGAGAAACUGCAGGAUAUUACCUACCUCAUGCACAGCAUCAAUUAAUUUAUGGUGUUUCAUCAGUUCAGCACAUGGCUGCUACUAUCACAUGUCUGUGUGCAGACAGGAAUAUUGAAGAGGAUGAGGAAUCACACAGAUAAGAUGCAGUGGCUGUUAACCCACGUGCAUAAAGUUGCAUCUAGAUAGAAGGCUACAUCACUGUAAAAAUAUUGGUAUAACAGCACAGAUUGACUCUACCUUCCUGUAUUUCUGAACACAGUCAUAGUUCUAUAAUGGUGCUUAGAAGGAGUAUAUUUUUUCUUUUACAGGAAGAAAUAUAUUGCUACAAAGCAAUAUCCGUCAAUACAUGACAUCCAUAAUGUUUUUUACACUAUAGGUUUACCAGUAUAUAUGUUGUCCCUCUGACUGAAAUUCAGUUAAGAAUCAGGAGAGAUCAGACCUAAACACAGGUAGGAAGAUCUGUAAAUAAAAGACUUUAGGGAUCUUUAAAAAUUAUAUAGAUUUGUCGCAAAAAAUUCAGAUUUCUAAAGCAAUUGCCACUGUCCAUUAAAAAGAUAUUGCACUGUUUCCUGAAAAUAUCUGUGUGCAUUAUUAAAAACCAAAUCUGCCAAAAAAUUUCUGCCAAAACCUGGAUGCCUUAUGGGUACCUAAUAGAGACAUUGAAACCAAAAUAUUAUACAGGUACUUUCCUUGAAAAACAGAUUAUUAAAAUGAAGAGAUCAAAUGUCUGCCACUGUUACUAGGUCAUUGAAAUAGCCUUGAAUUUUGGCUUUAUGUUACAGGGCAGAAUAUACUCCACUGUAAAUAUAGGUGUUUAGUCUGCAUGCACUGCUACAUUUAGACCUCUGAAAUUUAUGAACUUUGAAAAGCAAUACUGAGUAGAGCAAGUGGAACAACAGAGGAUCAUUUCACUAGAGCUACAUAUGUAUGUAUAUUUAAGUCACUAAUUCAGUCUUUUUAGGGUAUCUGAGGAUAAGCCUGUAUAGUGUAUGAAAUGCAGCAGCCCCUCUCUAUCUGUCUGCACUCUGAUCCCUCAGAGAACAUCAGCAGCUGAUCUAUGGCUCUUCAGAUAUAUCUGGUUAGUGACACUUCUGUAUCUGACAGGACAAGAACUAGACAGGCCUUUAGAUGUGUCUAUGUUGUAAAAGGAUAACUCUGUAAUAUUCUACUAACUUUUAUCCUAACAGGUACAAUAUAAAUAUUUUUCCUUUUGUUUUCGAAGGAGUGUGGACUUGAACAGUACUCAAUCGGUCAAAUACUUUGGCAGAGUAAAAGCCAGUCCUGUUUUGGGAGCAAAAGACAACCUCUUUGAAUUAUCUGAGUACACACUGAAGUAAAAGUGAGACAAAACUACUUUGUGGGUGACUAGCCCCUCAGCCAGUACAGUUUUUGACAACGAUGCAGGUGAAAAAUGCAUUUUUGUUCUGCAUAAGAAAUCUGCUAUAGAGGUUAAAGCAGUGCAUCUAGCCAUUUUCAGUAUUUUUAUUUUUGAAAUACAAAUAGGAAGCAGAGCAUAAGAAAAAGUUCAGGUUAAGCCAUGAAGCCUACAACAGUAGGUCUAACAAUAAAUGACUAUGCACUUUGAAACUUGCUACUUGUAUGUUGUAUGGUACACUUUCCAAACAGAACUAGACAUUGUAAAUUAAUGUAUAAUUAUGUAAUUCAGCUGAAAUUAUUAUCACGGGUAUAUAUGUUAUCGUAUCUGUUACUUUUUAAGUUGCUACAAAUACCUUGAUUUUGUGGAAUAUUUUGUUUUCUGUGAAUAUAGAAAACUUUGCUUUUAACAAAUAGGUAUGCAGGUUUUUUCACAACAUCCCAUAAUGGUGCUAGGGAUUAACUAUUGUAAUCACACUGUAAUUGACAGCAGCAAAAUAUGAUCUGGAAAUAAGCUAUUUCAUACGAGCAGCUCCUGAUAAAACUAGCCACAAGCACUCAAGCAUUUGCUGAAUAUUUUUUCAUUUAACAUAGAAGAUUAUAGGUCAUCAGACACUUGAUUGACACAUGAAAUUUCCACUUUAAAGUGGAAGGCCUUUCUGUAUUGCCUAUUUGAAUUGCCCCAGUUUCUAUUAUCUUUUAGCUCUUGGGCCAGGUAAUGACAAUGCCAGUAAAGCUCUAUUUUGAUUGCCAGUGCCAGUGCUUCCUGACUGACUACCUGACACCAAGUGCUGAUACAAAAAAAACCACUGAACUAUCCAGAAGACUUCACAUGUCUUUGGCAGCUUUAAUACAUGCUGAGCUUGAUGAGUUUGAGGCCAUGCUGAGGCAAGCCAUCUCCAGCUGCUAUUCUGAUGGCCUUGAAGUACUAAUUUCUUCUCAGCAGAGGGGUGUGCCUUUAAAGACAAAGAAAUUAGCUCAGACUUCUGUUCUAAAUAUAAAAUUGUAAAAGUGUGCACAAGCUAAAAUAAGGAAAACAUUUUUUGUCAAAAUACUGUGAGAGGAAUAAGACUAAAAUUAUAUAAUGAAAUUUAUAUAAUUAAUUAUUGAGUGCAGCUGUUUAUAAUAAUAUCUGCUUGUGACUUUUUGCCUCAUUUAAACAUUUAAGGUGAUGGGUAGCCAUUGAUACCUUUUGGUGCUAACCUCUGUGUUCUGGUGCUUAAGUUACAGAUUGUGUUUUGUGGAAAUAUUACCAUAUACACUCCAGUGUUUGUGAGAUCUUUUUCAGCUAAACAUAUAAAUUGCCACUAGGUCAGAUUUGCUUUCUGAGUUCCUUUUUAUGGUUGUUUCAGGCUCUAAUAAGAGUUUUAUGUGCACCAGAGAGGAAAAUGUAUUCCAGUUCAAAACCAAAACAAACAGUACCCUCCCCUCCUCACAACAGGCAAGUGCCUGUGGAACAAAUUACAGGGAGAGUAAGACCUCCCAGAGUCAUGACUUCAGAUUGAUGCUGAGCAAGUUUUAGUGAUUCCAGAUCAUCUCUCUGAAAAAUAAAUGACUUCAGAAAAUUUGGGUUUGACCUUGCACACUUAUCCUUGGUAUCUAUUCUUUGAGAUCAGUUUGUUUUUUUUUUUUUCCCUCUGAAUUUGAGGUGAGUUUGAUCAAGUCUUAGUGAAAACCGGAGGAAUUUUAACAUAACUUCUGCAGGAAUGAAAAAUUGGAUUCCAUGAGAGCUUUGUGAACAGUAAAAUUAGACUUUGUAUGCCAUCCCCCUUUGAAAGAGAAAGCCUCCCAGAGCAAAAGUACUGCGACUGCACGGAAAGAAAUAUAUCUGUGUCUAUAUCCAUAUCUGUAGGUAGGUGGAUAGGUGUAUGAUAGGUGAUAGAUAAAUAUGUUUAUACAUUCUCCCUGAGGAUCGGGUUGCAAGCAUGGAUGCCCUCUUGUGGUUAAGAAUGCCACUACUCAUUACAUAGGAAUCCAAGAGGUUCUUGGAUUUUUUGAAAACAAAUGCAAAUCUAAAGAUUUCGGCCUUGAUUUUAGAGACAGAUGACUUUGUUUCCUUUGAGAAAAGAGGUGCAAUGCACAACUCUUCCAUUGCUUAGUUUUACAGGAUUUGUAAGUACAGAACUCAAUUACAGUUUUAUUAGCUGGUGACUACCUAACAUACAGAGUUUUAUGAAUAUGAGGUAAAGCAGAGUUAUUCAGAUGUCAGAAGAAUUUUUAGAAGGGUUAAGUCAGAUAUAGUUCUUAAAAACCAGGGUGUGGGAAGCCUCAUUACUCAGAUACUAAAUUACGAUGAUCCCUAAUAAAAUCUUAAAGACCUGAAUUACUGUUGCAAUCUGCCCAUUAUUGGUAAGUUUUCAAGAAAAGACUCUUACUUUCCUACUCUAGGAUGAGAUGAUCUUGGAAUCCAAGCACACAAAAUUUUUGUAGUGCUUUUUAAAACUAGCAGAAUUUAAAAUUUGUAUGCUCUAGUUCUCAGAUGAUACCUAAUUGGUCUGAUGAUCUCAAAGUGCACAAACCUUUUUGUUUAAAUUUGCAAGAAAAAUGCUGAAAUUCUAUCAAUAGAAGCCUGAAAUAGCAAUAACCUUCUCAAACUGCUUUCUUUCAAUAGAAAAUAGUUGGAAAAAAUUAAGAAAAAAUAAUUGCCCAUCUGACUGAUUCAACAGAUGGGCAACAACCUAUCUGGUUAAUUCAAGAAAUGAUAAAAUAAAUUGAUUACUAUUGGUAAUUUCAAUACUUUCUUCCUGCUUAGCUUUCAUUUCCCAGCUUACCCUCAGGGUAGAGUUAUUUUCUGUUAUAAAAGAAUUACAGGGCAAUACAUUUUUAAAUUCACACUAGUCAGUGGAGCAGAUAGAAAGUUUUGAUUGUAAUCCACAUUCUGUAGAGUUCCCCUGAGUGUAAUCUGUGAGAAAUCCAGACUGAAAUGGUUGCAAUUCAUUAGCUCCUGCCAAAAGACAAAAUUCAGAGUGGAAGAAUAGUUUGGCAUGUUAUCAUUGAGUAAUAAGAUUGUAAAUUCUUCAGAAUCCCUCGUACUGAAAGUGCAUAUAAAUUAUACUUAGGGUUAUGUUGGCCAGCAGGAAAGAGAGGGAAUAUCUCUCAGGUUAUAUGUUUAGCUCACAACAGCAAUUGUCAUUCAAAUCACUGGCUGUUCAUCAUGCUGCUAACUCUCUACAGCUUCAAUAGACCAUCCUGUAAGUCAGGAAGUAUCUUAGAUGUGAUGUUUAAAGUAAUAAAAUUCUUCCUUAAGAGUGAAUGGUAAUGUUGAAAUCAAUAGCUCUUAGGAGUUAAACAGCUUUGUUUCAUGUAGAGUGUUCUAAUGUAAUUAAAAUGGUGCUUAAAGGCAGGGUUCAUUUAAGAAGCAAACCAUCUACAGAUGCUUUUUUCCAUAUGCAACAAGGAAAGAUUUUUCUGAGGCUUAAAGAUGCUGGGGAUUAGAAAAUAAGUAUAUUUCUGUGCAUUUUUUAUCUGAACCCAUGUGAAAAAAAUGUUCAUUGCUUAUAGAGUGAAAUGCUCUUCCCCCUCCUCCCCCCCCCCCCCCCCCGUCCCCCCCAUUAUAUAUUUUCAUUUUUUCUUGUUCAGGUUUUUUUGAUAAUUGUGUGGGUGGGGUUGUAUCUGUUUUUUUGGAGAAAAAAGCUUGUUGUCUAACAGGUGUUGCAGUGAACUUACCAAUGUAUCAUUUCUUUUGUGUUGUCAUAUGACAUUAUAUAUAUAUAUAUAUGUAUGUUAUACCUGAGAUAUAAAUUUGUAUCCCUGUUUCAACUUCUAAUGCUAUGAAACUGUACACAAUUUUGAUCUAUUUGUAACAUCUAUGCAUUUAAAUAAAUAAGUAAAAUUAUCAAUA